AUGCCUUGUCUUGAUAACUAUAAAAUAUUUCUAAAAACCUCCAAUCGAUUAGAUCGAAGAGUGUAUAAUCUUCCACGGGUUGAUGAUAUAUCAAUUAUAUGGCAAGAUGGGUCUUCAGAUUGUCCCCAAUUAUCUAGAGACAUACAAGUAUAUCCGGUUGAUGGUUCUGUGAAAAAGGUUGAUUAUUAUUCUUAUGCCUAUGAUCCUGUUCAAUAUCCAUUGAUCCAUCCUUUUGGCCAGCCAGGUUGGUAUCCCGGCAUUCUGAAAAAUUCUGCUACAUCUUCGUCUUCCUCUACACAGUCCACACCUAAUUUAUCAGCAGAGUCGUUUCAUACUGAACAAGUUGACCUAUCAAUAAAUAGCUCCUCAGAUUACAGUAUGCAAUUAGGACGUAAUAAACGCCGGAUGGACAAGAGUCAUGUCUCUAUUAGAGAAUACUAUGCAUAUCGCCUCCAAAUACGGCCUACAAGUCCUACUUUACUAUUACAUACUGGUCGUUUGUUACAACAAUAUAUAACUGACCAGUACAUAAAAAUAGAAACUCAAAGGCUAGAUUUUUUCAGGUCUGAACAAGUGCAAAAACAACACCGUCACGACACCAUGCAGGGUAUUCUAGACGCUUUUAACCAAUCCCAACAUGAACCGUUAUCUAUGAUUGGACAACCAGUUGUCCUUCCAUCUUCUUUCAUUGGUGGUCCCCGUGACAUGCAACAAAGAUAUAUGAAUGCUAUGGCUCUUGUACAAGAAUUUGGUAAGCCUGAUUUUUUCCUUACAAUCACUUGUAAUCCACAAUGGCCAGAGAUUCAAGAACUCUUAGAACCAUUUGAAUUAUCAACUGAUAGACCUGACAUUGUUGCUCGUGUGUUUAGAAUGAAACUAGAAGAACUAAAAAACGAACUUUUCAAACAACACUUGCUAGGUAAAGUGCAGGCGUAUUCAUAUGUCAUUGAGUUUCAAAAAAGAGGAUUGCCACAUGCCCAUAUGUUACUUAUCAUGUAUCCACAAUUUAAAUUACACAACCCCACAAGCUACGACAAAUUUAUAUCUGCAGAACUUCCUAAUAGUAACUUAAACCCCUACUUAUUGCAACUCGUCUUGAAACAUAUGAUGCAUGGUCCUUGUGGCUCUCAAAACCCAACUAAUGUGUGCAUGGUUGAUGCACAAUGUAAGAAUCAUUACCCAAAGGAAUUUGUGGAUGAAACAAUUCAUACUCCAAAUGGAUAUCCUAAGUAUAAAAGACAAAAUAAUGGCAUUUUUGUUAUUGUGCGUGGACGUACUUUGGACAACCGUUGGGUGGUACCAUAUAAUCCAUAUUUACUUGCUAAGUUUGAUUGUCAUAUAAACUUGGAAGUAUGCUCGAGUGUCAAACUUGUAAAAUAUCUCUACAAAUAUGUGUAUAAAGGUCAUGAUCGGGUUGCCUAUACUGUGGGCUCAGUAACACCCGACACACCUCGUGAUGAGAUUAUUGAUUUCCAAACUGGCCGUUGGGUUGCUCCACCUGAAGCUUGUUGGCGUAUUUUUGCAUUCCCCUUGACAGAUAUGCACCCUCCUGUACUUGCUCUGCAAUUGCAUUUACCUAAUUUUCAGUACACUUCAUUCAAAGUAACAGACUCUUUACAAGAUGUUGUAACAAAUGCACGUGCCCACAAAACUAUGCUUACUGAAUUCUUUGUCAUGAAUGCAACCAACGCAUAUGCCAAGGCACUUAAUCUACUUUACAAAGAGUUCCCAAAACAUUUCGUAUGGGAUCGGGCACACAAUAAUUGGAAUUUUCGCAAACAAGGUUCAAUAGUAGGGAGGAUUGUUACAGCAAGGCCAACUGACCAAGAAAGAUAUUUUCUUCGCCUUCUUUUGCAGUACCGUCGUGCUCUUGUAUCAUACGAGGACUUAAGAACAGUUGAUGGUGUUAUACAUGAUUCAUUUAGAAAUGCAUGCGUCGCGUUAGGAUUAUUAGAGAGUGAUAUUCCAUUGGUGGAUUGUUUGCGAGAAGCUGCACUUUUUCAAAUGCCCCAUGCUUUUGCACAAUUAUUUGCUACCAUACUUGUUUUUUGUACACCAUCUGAACCUAUACAACUAUGGGAGAUGUUCAAACAAUAUUGUGUCCCAAUUACCACAAUCUCGUCUUCAUUUCCACUUUUUCCUAUUGAUCGUGCUGCUGCCAUAAUUGUAGAAAAAUUCCUUGAACCAUUUGGUAUGCAUAUUCAUGACUUUCGAAUAUGCAUGCCCGAACAGUCCGAAAAUGGCCUAAUUGAAAUAACUUUACAACAGCCAUCGCCUGCAGAAUUUAACCUGGUCACACUCCCAGGAAUUAUUGACAAACUUAAUUUACAACAACAGUUCGUCUUUAACACUAUUAUUGAGAAACUGCAUAACAAGAAACCUUAUGUCUGUUUUGUUGAUGGACCAGCUGGUACUGGGAAAACUUUCUUAUACACUGCUAUUUUGUCAUACACAUCUGAUCAUACCAUUAAAUCUAUUGCUGUAGCAACAUCUGGAGUUGCUGCAUCGCUCCUUCCUAAUGGUCAAACUGCCCACUCAAAAUUCAAAUUGCCAUUGGAUAUUAAUGAGCAUAAGACUUGUCAGAUAAGCAAACAGUCUACCUUAGCAAAUGAGUUACGACAUACCGACCUAAUUAUUUGGGAUGAAAUUUCAAUGGCAAGACGUGAACUAAUUGAGGCUUUUGACAUUACUAUGAGAGAUAUUAUGGAUAACAACAUCAGUUUUGGUGGUAAAGUUAUAAUCUUCGGGGGGGAUUUCCGUCAAAUUACUCCUGUCAUAAGAGACGGAACAAAGGACCAGUACAUCGAAGCAAGUUGUGUAUCGUCUCCUCUAUUUACACAUGCAGAUAAGUUUCACUUAACUGUCAACAUGCGAGCACAAAACGAUAAAUCAUUUGCAGCAUUUCUUGAGGAAGUAGGGAACAACUCUUGUGUAAAUAACAACAAAGGAGAGAUUCAGAUCCCAACAACUUCAUUGAUUACCUCUGAAAAUAAUGACUUGUUGCAACUAAUUGACAAGAUCUACCCACAUAAUUUACUCCAUCCAAGUUCCUCUGCUGCAUUAAUUGGUAGAUCUAUAUUGACACCAACCAACGAGACAGUUGAUACUAUUAACAAUCAAAUAAUUGAAAGCAUGUUUGGAGAACCAAUCGUACUAAUUGCAAGAGAUGUAACUAAAGAUCCAUCACAACAAGCACAUUAUGAAGAUUACCUAAAUACUUUGACACCUAAUGGUAUGCCACCUCAUAGAUUAGUUUUGAAGACAGGUGCACCAAUAAUGCUAUUGCGUAACUUAGACCCCACAAAUGGCCUUUCAAAUGGUACACGGCUUGUUUGCAAGCAAAUUACACGCAAUCUCUUACAAGCAGAGAUUGCAACUGGCCCGCAAAAAGGAACUUUAUGCUUCAUACCACGAAUACCUUUAAAGCCUAACAAUAUACAUGAAUGCUCUGUUGAGUUCAUACGUACUCAAUUUCCAGUGAAGUUGUGCUUCUCAAUGACCAUUAACAAAUCAAAAGGGCAGACAUUAGACGUUGUUGGAGUGUACAUGAAACAACCGGUAUUUAUGCAUGGCCAACUAUAUGUUGCACUAUCACGAGCAAAAUCUUUUGACUCUUUGCAUGUCCUCAUUCCUUCAGACAUCAACACUGGAAUGCAUUGUUCUUGGACGAGAAACAUAGUUUACAAGAAGCUUUUACAAUUGGCUGGCAUUAAUAUACCUCCACUUCCAAAUCCCACAUAG